AUGAAUAUUCUUAAGCAUUUCCCAAGCUAUGUUGGCCCAUCUAAGAUUAGGACCUUAGUGAUACCAAUUGGCCAUUGGACGCGAAAAGAGUUUAAUAAUGCGGUACAGAAACUUUCUGAAUUCAACGAAAUUCAUCUGUCUGAUGUAACCCCCAUUGACAGCCCUAUCUUCACACCGCAAGGCUUUCCACAUGGGAAGUUAUUUUUCGACUUCUUGACCAUAGAUCAUGACGAUGCAUUGGAGUUGUUUCUGUAUGAUUUUGAGCCAUUUCGGAAAACAUUUGUCAUUAUUGGGCUGGUAAACGAUUACAGUGACCCCUUGACCAAUUUGAAUUUCAUGAAGGAGAAGUAUCCAACUUUGAUUUCACCGAAUUUGGUGUACGCUUCAUCUACACCCACUAAAGAGCUUGAGCAAACCAUAGAUACGAUGGAAAAUGUAUUCGCAUCUUCUCCAGAUAUGCAGAAAAACAUAGAAACGAUUAUGUGCGACAUAGCAAGGAACUUUUUAACCGCAUUGAACAGCUAUUACUCUUCCUAUAAACAUGUUACUUUGAGGUCGCCGGGUGCGAUUGGUGGGAAUGCGGUAUUGAAAACAACUCUAAUAAGACAGAACAGUUACACAUCUUCGUCAUCCAGCACACCCAUGUCAGCGGUACAAUCUUCCGUCUCAAGUUCAUCGAAGGCAGGCUCAGUUACUACUGCUUCUAAGAGGUUAUCUUCCUUUGAGAUGACUACCAAUAGUUUAAAGAGAUCCGCUUCUCUAAAGCUAGCUACCACGCUUUCCACAUCUGAGAAUAGGUCUCAACAAAAAUCAUUGGGCAGACAAAUGAAAAUUUUGGGCAAUUUCCAAUUGCUGGCAGGAAGGUACGUUGAUGCGUUGAACAGCUUUGUUGAUGCGAUCACAACUUUGUACAAAGUGCGUGACUACUUAUGGUUGGGUUCUGCUCUUGACGGUAUUUCGAUCUGCUUUUUACUUCUAUCUUAUCUCGGUUUGUCAUACCAGAUUCCACAAAUUGUGAGUCUCAUUUGUCCUGUGGAGAAGCUCAAUUUUGAAUCUAGCUCAACGGGGAUUUCGCCUGUAGAUUCCAAUAGUAAAGCCACAGCAAGCACGACGGCGUCAAGCACACCAAGGAACAGCAUAUCUAUAGCUGCUAUGCAGUCACCUAGAAAUUCCAUUAUGUCUUUAUCUGCCCCAGCAUUAAAUAUUGAUGUAGAAAACAUCAACCUCCCGUUAUUAAUUAAAUGCAUAUCUGACAAAGUCUUGUAUUAUUAUGAUUUAAGUUUGAUGCACAAUAGUGAAUAUGCUCCGCAAGUGGUUUAUUGCGAGUUUUUACUGAAGACUUUAACUUUCAUGACAUCGUGUUAUAAGAGUUCAGAGUUUUCAAAGGACGUUCUGGACAAUAUUGUGAAAAACCAACACAGGGCCUUGUCAGAUAUCCCUAAUAGUCCGAUGUUCCCAAGGUUUGAAGUUUAUUUCUAUAGCAAUAAAUUGUUCGAAUUACAAUUGAAGGAAAUGCAAGUUGAGGCUCAAAUUAAAAUAUACUCUACUAUGGCGGAAGUUUAUCGCCUUUUGGGAUACAAAAGAAAGCAAUUAUUCGUGUUAAGAUUGCUGAUGGUUGCUCUUUUGGCGACUCCGAAUAAGAUAGCAUGGCAUCCUGACUACAGGACCUUGAUAGAUACCAUCAUAGAACUCCUCAACAUCAAUGAAAGCGAGGCCAAAAUCAAUGUAGAUGAUCCGUCUCAAUCUACUUGGUUGAUCCUACAGAAAAAGAUCCUACAACUAUGCAUUAAAGUUUCAAGAAAAAUCAAUGACUUCGAAUAUGUCGCUAAAUUUAGCUCGAUACUAAUUACGAAAUAUACGCAUCUGUUAAAUCAGUCGGAACAAGAUGCCUUGUUUAAAGAAUAUAUUCAACCAUCAAUUACCAACGAGUCUAUCACAAGUUAUUGGGAUCCCUUCAUUCUGAGGGAAGUUGUUAUAAAUAGAAUAUUGGAUAGUGACCCCACUUCAAACGAAAUCCCAUUAGAGUCAGAUGUUAGCAGCCUUGAAAGCCUAGAAAAUAGACAAAAGACACAGGAUAUUAAUCCGCAGGAAGUUUUCAACCCUUUCAAACGGGUUCAACCAACUUCUUUUGUUUCUAAUAACAGCACCAAAGUUCCUAUUUUAGUAUUUUUAGUUGGCGAUAAGGCUGAAUUCACCUGCAGGGUUCAAAAUCCUUUCAAAUUUGAUUUUACGAUCAAUGAUAUUCAACUAGAUGAGGAAAUAUCUGAAUUUUGUGAGAUUGAUAGAAAAGCUGUAAGUUAUUCAGGGCCAUAUAAUGUUAAAGCCGAGUCAAUAAGAUCCAUCACAUUGCCUUUGAUUAUUAAAAAGCCAACAUACAAAAAAAUCUACGAGAUUUCAUGCCUAAAAAUCUCUAUCCUAAAACUACCGCUUCAGAAAUUCGAUAUUAUAAACGAUUCUAGAAGAUCGAAUCCUGUUGAAGAAGAGGCAGAAUACAGUAAAUGUAUAUACGGAAAAUUAAAAAUUAAAAUCCUGCCUGAACAACCACAAUUAGAACUAUUGAGUACUUCCAAGAUGACAAGAAACUCAUGGAUGAUGCUGGAUGGUACCAAAACUGAUUUUCAUAUAACGGUGAGAAAUAAAUCACUGAGCUGUGCAAUAAAUCAUAUUAAGAUCAUACCAAUGAAUAAUAUUGAGCAAAUGUUGAAACCUGAUUAUUGGAAAAAAAUGCCACCAGAUGACUUGUACAUCAUGGAAAAACAGCUAGAUUGGCUCUCUAAGUCUUGUGUACGUAUUAUUAAAUUACCAACGGUAAUCAAGCCAAAUGAAACCAUCACAUUUGAUUUGGAAUUAGAUAAUACUGCUGUUCCAUUUAAUUUCACCGGAUUUGACUUAUUGAUCGAAUACGGUAUGAGCGCUACUGAUGAAUCCUGCAUUUAUUUAAAAAAGUUAUCAAUACCAUAUGAAGUAACAUUGAGAAGAACAAUUGAAGUACCAAGUAUGGACAUCAUACCGCUAAAUGAACUCUUCAGCUCGCAAGUUGAAAAUGUUGAUUGGAUUGAGUAUGUAAUGAGCAAAAUACGUGCAGAAUCUAACCUCCACUCUAGAGAUUUUAUAUUGUUAUUAUUAGACUUCAGAAAUUCUUGGAUUGACGGAAUAAAAUUGAAUGUUCAAUUUGAAGAUUUCACUAGUAAUGAGUAUCAUGUAGAGGCAAGCCAUACCUCGAGAAUUAUUGUUCCUAUUAAAAAAAUUGAUUACAAAAAGUAUAAUUUUGAGAAUACACCUAUACCAAGAAUCUAUCCAGGCCGACAAUUUAUUCAAAGUGGUUUAAACGAAGAACAGACUAUAGAAAUGAGACAAAAAUUUUGGUGUCGCGAACAUAUCAUUUCAAAGCUUAAAUGUAACUGGAAAUUAACCACAGACCAAUCUGUAACAGGUUCGGUGGAUUUCAAUAAGUUCAUAGAAAAGUUUGAUCACAAGAUGGUCUACACGAUAUACCCCGGGAGAUUAUUUUACGGAGUGCAGCUAUUGCUUGAUGAGCCAAAAGUCAAAGUAGGGGAAAUAAUAAACUUGAAGAUAAUAACAGAGCCGACUAGUACAUGUAGAAGAAAACAAAAUUCUACUGUAAAUUUUUUGGACAUCGUGAUUUUCGACAGCAAGACAUCAAAAAUAUUACCAAGAUCGAACAGACGAAUUUUGUAUAAUGGUUCGUUAACUAAACCAAUCAGUACAACCAAAGUUUCUGAAAUUAACUUAGAAAUUAUUCCAAUUGAAAAAGGCCGGUACGAGUUUAGCGUUUGCAUCUCCAAAUCAAACAACCAAGAUGGAAUAAUCCAGUUCGACUCUGAAAACGUUAUCUUGUCUGUUAUUUAG